GUUUCAGCUCCACGAGUUUAGUCGACGAGAGCUCAGGCAUCGCACACACACAUCCCUGCCAUGAUGAGGCUCGUUGCUUUCUUCGCCCUGGUGGCCGUGGCCCUGGCCCAAGACGACGACGGCAGUUACAGCGCCGACAAGUACGAGAACCCCUACGCGUACUCCGAGCAGCAGGCCGCCGCCGCCGCCCCCCAGUACCAGCCCCAGCCCCAGUACCAGCCUCAGCCCCAGUACCAGCCCCAGUACCAGCCCCAGCCCCAGUACCAGCCUCAGCCUCAGUACCAGCCCCAGGCCCAGCCUCAGUACCAGCCCCAGCCUCAGUACCAGCCCCAGGUGCCUCAGUACCAGCCCCAGGUGCCCCAGUACCAGCCCCAGGCUCGUCAGUACCAGCCCCAGGUUCCCCAGUACCAGCCCCAGUACCAGCCCCAGCAGUACCAGGCGCCCGCUGCCUCCGUCAACGGCCUGCCCCAGACGUCCACCAACUACAAGACCCAGGAUCACGAGCGCGUCGAGAACGUCGACGGCCAGGGAAACGUCCGCGGCCAGUACAGCUACGUCGACCCCAACGGCAAGACCAUCACCGUCAAGUACACCGCGGGCAAGGACGGCUUCCAGGUCGAGGGUGACCACCUGCCUCGCGCCCCCGUCCCCGGCACCCCCGCCCCCGCCGCCGCCGCCCCCGCCUACCAGCCGCGGUACAUCCAGCCUGCCGCCCCCGCCUACCAGCAGCCCAGGUACCAGCCCGCCGCCGCCGCCCCCGCCUACCCCCAGCAGGCGUACGCCCAGCAGGCCGCCCCCUCCGCCGCCUCCCAGUUCCUGAACUCGCCGCUCGGCCACCGGUUCGGCGGCGCCCCCGCCUACUAG